UUUACUGGAGGAGAGAGAGACGGAGAGAGGGGGAACCUGAGGGAGAGCCAGCGCCGAGCGGAACGGGAAUACAAGUUUUUACACUUGGCCCGUCUUUUUUUACGAGAAAAAGCUUUUUAUCUUCGUUUACCUCAUCCCCUCCUUUUCCACUACCGGAGCGGGGGACACUCACUUUGUGUGCGUGCGUGCGUUUUCCCCCCCUCUUCAUUUCAACUCUAUCGCCGACACUGAAACCUCGUUUGUUUUGGAUUAGCUUAGCACAGGCUAGCUGUUCCCCCCCCCGCCACCAGCUAGCGUUCAUGUGAGAAAAAGAAACGGGCGGCGUGGCGGAGACUUCCCUCACUUCACGGCGGCGUGCGGGUCAAACGGAGCCGCCAUGCUCGUCCCUUCCCCCCGCGGCGAACGGAGACACGAGUAACGAUUCUUCAAGUUUUUUCCCCCCCCUCCGCGUUGCGUCGUUUUAUGGGUGUCUGUCCAUUCGUCCGCGGCGUGGUGGUCAGCGGGGGUGACGGAGUUCAGAGGAGGGUCGUAGCGGGGGAACGCUGAGGCGCUUGCACGUUUUCCCUGCACGUAGCUGCUCGGAGGAGUUUCCUGGGAUGUGCUCCCAUCUGUCUUCAAAAAAGAACAAGCGGCUUCUGAGGGGAUCCGAGCGAGCAGGAGUGAUCUAAAGACCUGUGGGCUCCAGUCCCCGUCAACUCCCCUCCGACCCCACAACUUUCUGCUGGAGCGACACGCGAGGAGGCUGGCCGUGUUUUUAAUGCUGUGCGGGAGAAAAACACCGAUCGCAGCUCGUUGGUGAAGGGGGGAUCUUCCAUCACCGGAGCGGUGCAUCACGGAGAAAUGAGCCCGGGGCCGGCGGAGCUCCUUCGGGGAUCUCCAAACUAGCCCCCCGCGUGUGGGGUAUUAAUAAUAGUAACAGCAUUAUUCCUCGCUCGAUGUGCCGCAGCACCCAGAUUACACAGAUGAACGUGGACUGGCGCCUUCACGUGUGGAAAAUGAAGAUUUUCACUCACACAUGUGUGACCAGAAGCCAAGAUCACGUUAUUUAAUGGUCUGCAUUUUUUUCCAGGGCUCGCACACAUCACGGACUCUGCUGGGGAGAUACUCAUAAAUUUAUUACCACCACCUCCCCCACCCCGGUUUACGACGGGAGGGCAACCUUGAAUCACUUGUCCUCAUUGGACCUCCACUUUUUAUGAAUUGUUUUUGAACUUUUGAUUUUUUUAAAUUAACAUUCAACCCCUCGAGAUUGGAGGUUUUUUUGUUGUUGUUGUCGGAGCACAACUUCUCCUCAAGUCAAGAUGAGGCGGUGGACGCUGAAGCUGAGAGCACAGAUCGUGUUUUUUAUCAUCUGCACCUGCAUCAUAUGCCAGUGUGGACUAACAAACGGAGAAAUAUGCCCGAGCAAGGACAUCCGGAACAAUGUGACCACCCUCCAGUCGUUGGAGAACUGCACCAUCAUCGAGGGACACCUGAAGAUUCUGCUCAUGUUUAAGACCAAGGCCGAGGACUUUCGUGGCCUCAGCUACCCAAAGCUACGAGUAGUGACCGACUACGUGCUUCUCUUUAGGGUCUACGGCCUUGAGAUGCUCAGCGAUCUCUUCCCCAACCUGACAGUGAUCCGCGGCAACAACCUCUUCUUCAACUACGCUCUUGUGAUUUAUGAGAUGCUGCAGCUGAAAGAGGUGGGCUUUUACAGUCUCAUGAAUAUCACCCGGGGCGCCGUGAGGAUUGAGAAGAACCCAGACCUGUGCUACCUGGCCACCUUGGACUGGUCCAAGAUCCUAGACUCGGUGGAGGACAACUUCAUCGUGGCCAAUAAGAACGACAGGGAGUGUGGAGACGUGUGUCCUGGCACGGCCCAAGGUCAGACCACCUGCCCGCAGAACACCAUCAACGGACACUUCAGGGGACGAUGCUGGUCGCAGAACCACUGUCAGAGAAUGUGCUUGGACAACUGUAAACAUGGUGGGUGUAGCCUCCAGGGCCAAUGCUGCGACCACCAGUGCCUGGGCGGCUGUUCUGAGCCAGGUAAUGCCAGUAGCUGUGUGACCUGCAGGAACCUCCAGCAUGGGAACACCUGUGUGGAGAAAUGUCCUGCUGGAUACUAUGUCUUCAGGGGCUGGCGCUGCAUCAGCUUCUCCUCCUGCCAGGAACUUCACAACCAGUGUAAGCAGACUAAGAAGUUGAACCAGGAUCGAGAGUUGAGCUGCAACGAAUACGUCAUCCACAAUGGGGCCUGUAUUCCAGAGUGUCCUUCUGGAUACACCACUAUAAACUCCACUACGUUGACCUGUUCACCUUGUGCAGGCCUGUGUCCUAAACUGUGUGUGGGAAAUAAGACGAUUGAUUCGGUAAACUCAGCCCAGGCUUUGCGAGGCUGCACUGUUCUCCACGGCAACAUGAUCAUCAAGAUUCGAGGAGGGAAUAACAUAGCUGCUGAGUUGGAGGCUAGUCUGGGCCAGCUUGAGGAGAUCACAGGCUACCUGACUGUUCGCCGAGCGUACGCACUGGUCUCCCUCUCCUUUCUACGCAAACUACGUAUCAUCCGGGGGGAGCAUCUCGAGACAGAUAUUUAUGCCUUCUAUGCGCUGGACAACCAGAACCUGCGAGAAUUGUGGGAUUGGUCCAAGCACAACCUGACCAUCCCGCAUGGUCGUAUGUUCUUCCACUACAACUCCAAACUCUGCAUGUCUGAAAUCAGAAAAAUGGAGGAGGUAACGGGAACCAAGGAUCGCAACCAAAAGAAUGACAUCGCUGUACGCAACAAUGGGGACCAAGCCUCCUGUGAGACUAAGCUGCUGAAAUUCACUCUGAUCAAGACUACAUCAAAUAUGAUUAUGCUGAAGUGGGAGCCCUUUUGGCCGUUAGAUUUCAGAGACCUGCUGGGAUUUAUGGUUCUCUACAAAGAGGCGCCUUAUAGGAAUGUGACAGAGUUUGAUGGCCAGGACGCGUGUGGCUCUAACAGCUGGGCAAUUGCCGAUGUUGAUACUCCAUCCCGUUCCACUGAUGGCAAGAAGGGGGAGGAUCCAGGGCACCUAAUCCGACCAGUGAAGCCCUGGACCCAGUACGCCAUAAUGGUUAAAACUCAACUGUCUGCAUCUGAUGAGCAUCAAGUUCAUGGAGCCAAGAGCGAGAUCAUUUACGUCCGCACCAAUGCCUCCAAGCCCUCAGUGCCUCUCGACCCCAUCUCCUCCUCCAACUCCUCCUCUCAGAUCAUCCUGAAGUGGAAGCCGCCAACAAGUCCCAACGGCAACAUCACCCACUACCGCAUCAUCUGUCGCAAGCAGUCUGAGGACAGUGACCUCUACAAGUUCGACUACUGCCUACAAGGGAUGAAGCUGCCGUCUCGCACCCCGACCCACCUGGACAGUGAGGAUGAGCAGAAGUGGAACCACACAGAUGAACCCACCUCAGGGGGAAGGUGCUGCGCCUGCCCCAAGACGGACCACCAGCUAAAGAAGGAGCAGGAGGAGAUCGAGUACCGCAAGACUUUCGAGAAUUACCUGCACAACGAAGUCUUCGAGAGCAGACCGUCUCGCCGUCGACGCUCAGUGGGAGUUGCAAACGCCACCCUCCUCCCUCACUUCCUUACCACAGCUCCCAGUUUUCCAUUUGGCUCCACAACAGCCAGCCCUGAUGACGACGACGACAAGGGCGAUGAGGGAUCCAAGGUGGAGCUGAAGGUGUUGUCGAAGGAGUCAACAGUCAUUUCCAACCUGCAGCACUUCACCAGUUACAAGAUAGAGAUCAUGGCCUGCAACCACAUGACGGACAUCAAACGCUGCAGCAUGGCUACUUAUGUCAGUGCCCGAACAAUGCCUGAGGAGAAAGCGGAUGACAUCCCAGGCCUCGUCACCCAUGAGAUAGUGACGGCUGAGCCUCCCUAUGUCUUGAUAAAAUGGAACAAACCCCGAUCCCCCAACGGCCUCAUCAUCCUGUAUGAGGUGUUCUACAGGAAAGUUGGAGACUCAGAGGUUCACACAGCUUGUGUGUCACGGCCGGCCUACCUCAAGUCAUCUGGCACGAAGCUCUCGCUUGUGCAGCCUGGAAACUACAGCGUGAGGGUCCGCGCCACCUCCCUGGCAGGAAAUGGUUCUUUUACAGAAACCACUUACUUCUUCAUGCCCAAUCCGGAUCCAGGUUUAAUUUGGAUUGUGAUCGGUCCAGUCAUCUGCUUUAUCCUGCUGCUAUUUGUGGGUGCUGGAGCCUUCUGGAUAAUCAAGAAGAGACAAACAGAAGGGCCGACAGGACCUCUUAUCGCCUCCUCAAACCCUGAGUACAUCAGCGCUAAUGAUGUGUAUGUUCCUGAUGAGUGGGAGGUGCUCCGCGAGAAGAUCACGGUGCUCAGAGAGCUCGGUCAGGGCUCCUUCGGCAUGGUGUACGAGGGUAUCGCCAAGGACAUCAUUAAAGGAGACCCGGAUACACGCGUGGCCGUCAAGACGGUCAACGAAUCAGCCAGCCUGCGGGAGAGGAUCGAGUUCCUCAACGAAGCCUCCGUCAUGAAGGCCUUCAGUUGUCACCAUGUGGUGCGUCUGUUGGGUGUGGUGUCCAAAGCUCAGCCCACCCUGGUCGUGAUGGAGCUGAUGACCCACGGGGACCUGAAGAGCUACCUGCGGAAUCUCAGGCCCGACUCAGAGAACAAUCCUACGGGCCGCUCACCUCCCACGCUGAAGGAGAUGAUCCAGAUGGCUGCAGAGAUUGCAGAUGGCAUGGCCUACCUCAACGCCAAGAAGUACGUCCACAGAGACCUGGCAGCCAGGAACUGCAUGGUAGCAGAGGACUACACUGUCAAGAUCGGAGACUUUGGAAUGACGCGAGACAUCUAUGAGACUGACUACUACCGUAAAGGAGGGAAGGGUCUACUUCCUGUCAGGUGGAUGGCUCCUGAAUCGCUGAAGGACGGAGUCUUCACUGCCCACUCUGACUGCUGGUCAUUUGGCGUUGUGCUGUGGGAGAUCAGUACGUUAGCAGAGCAGCCUUACCAGGGUUUGUCCAACGAACAGGUUCUAAAGUUCGUCAUGGACGGAGGAUACUUAGACAGGCCGGAUAACUGCCCUGAGAGAAUGCACAGCCUCAUGCAGAUGAGCUGGCAGUACAACCCCAAAAUGCGGCCGAUGUUCCACGAGAUCAUCGAGAUGCUGCGGGAGGACCUGCAUCCCUCUUUCCAUGAGGUCUCCUUCUUCUACAGCGAGGAGAACAAAGUCCCAGAGACAGAGGAUUUUGAUCUGGACCUGGAAAACAUGGAGAGCAUCCCCCUGGACCCAUCGUCGUACUCUCAGAGAGAAGAGAGCUUAGGCAGGGACAGCGGGCCCUCGGUGGCCCUCAGGGGGAACUAUGAGGAGCAUGUCCCCUACACACACAUGAACGGUGGCAAGAAAAACGGACGAAUCUUAUCGUUGCCCAGAUCCAGCCCUUCCUAACAUUUCCUGUCCCCUAAACAAACUUGUUGAAUCUUCCCUGCUCCUUUCCUUCUUUCUGUUCCAGUCCAUUUUUUUUCUGUAUCCUUCACGUUCUUCUCAUCAUUUUCUAAUGAUUCUUAUUCUUGGAGAAGCCCUUCAAAAAACGACACAGAUCUCAGGACUUUUUAUUUUCUUCCUCAUGGCUGCCAAACACAGGCAAGCAAGGGAUGCAAACAGAGUGCAACACUUCCUCCACAACACAUCGGGCUGUCGAUUGCCAGAUUACUUAUCUAUUGUUUUUCACUAUUGCCACGUUUCCAGGACUCAUCGUGAUGGAAACAUAUAGAAAAAAAACUGUGAACUCUACGAACCUUAGACAACCAAGAUGGCUGCUUACGCUCAACCUCCUCAAGACUUGUCCCUACUUUACCCUCUUCCACCAAAUCUGCAUUUCCACUUUUCUGUGCUUUGUCAUUUUUCUCCCAUUGAAACCUUUUUACUCAGAUAGUGGCCUUUUUAUAUGUGGCCUAUAAACAAAGAGAAGUGUCUAUCAGCGCUUACACUAAUUUUCCUUUUGAACAAUGAAUCCGUUUGGAACAGUGGGAUGACUUGCAAAGACUUGAUCCUAGAACAAAACAUCGAUUCCUAGAAUGUUUUCCUUUUUGUUUUUUCUUUUUCAUUUUUGGUUCUGCAGAAUUCCAAUAUACACACAGAUUCAUCGGGUGUUUGGUGAAUAGUUUUAAUUUAUUUACUCUUAUCAUUAUUUUCUCUUCUCUCUCUUUCUUUCUGUGUCCUCACUAUAUGGCUGAAGGAUAUUUAAACAGUUAAAGAAUUGGACAAAAGAGUUCAUCAGACUGACCAAUAGCUGCUGCUUUGAUAUAUUUUACUGGGUAUAUAAAUCUAUAAAUAUAUAUAAUAUAUAUAUAGUAUAUAUGGAAUAUUGGCAUUUCUGCACCAAUAUUUUAUAUAUAAUAUAUGACAAACUGAUGUUUUUGUAAAUAGUUCAUAUUUGUAAGAUUAUUUUUUUGCUAGUAUUUUGUUUUGCCAGGUUUUUUUCCUUUUCUUUUUUCUUUCUUAUUUUUGUAGCCCCAGAAAUCACACGAACGUACCAUUAGUGCUCUCUGCGUCUUCGGCCUCCAGACCCCCAACCUCCACCUCGACCUCCACCCCUCUCACACUCUCUCCAUUGAGAUGGGAAAGAGGAACGUCACAAAAUAUUGUAAACUCACCGCAUCUUUUAUUUUUUAUAAACCUCGCUCCCACCGAGAGCUGUUGAUAUUCGGAAGCAGCUUCACUACAACAGGCGGAAAAAAUAACACGAAACAAAGAAAAACAACCGAUAAACCAAAAAAGCUUUAUGUGAAAGGGGAAUGAGGUCUUUGCAGGUUGACCUGCACCUGAUGUGUGUUUGGGUCUGUUCUUGCUCUGGUCAGAUCACGCUGAAAUUAGUUUGGUUAUCACAGGUUGAUUCUGUCGUUCAUGUCAUCGUGCUCGUUGUCAGUCUUAACUGUCGGUGAGGUCAGAGAUUGGUGUCGAGAGCUUGUCCCGGCUUAGUGAUAGUACUCGACUAUGUCAGCGUGACGGUGGAGGCUUCUGAGUGGUGUCUUUGCUGCUUGUGGUCAGAGCAGGGUGGGAGUUGACACCUGCUCUCAGCAAAAUGCAGGAAAAGUGGAUGAUCAACUUGGUUUUCCGGCCCUAAAAGUCCUCAGACGUUUCCUUCCACUCAACAUCCUUGGUGUUGGAUGGAAGGUUUUAUUAAAUUCACCCCUCUUAUUGUCGCUCUGUUAGAUUUGCUCUGCACCACAUACCUCCUGCUUCCUGAGGCCUCCCAUUGGCUGUUAAAAUCGCUGCUCAAAACCAGGCUGGUGGAAAUUUCCACGUUUUCCACGUGGAGGGCUGAGAGAGAAACGUGGAAAGUUCUGAGUGUAUUCAGAGUCCACAGCAGGUAGUGGAGAGAGGAGGGCAGCGUCUCUGUCUCUCUGUCUUUCAGUGCGUCUGAGAGAGAGGGAGUGUGAGUGAUUGUUAAUCCUAUUAUUCUCUCUGCUAUCACAUGCAGCUCGGCAGUCAGGACACAGUGUGCAGCAGCUAUUUCACUCAGGUCUGACAUUCCAGGAUUUGGUUGGAACUGCUCGUUCCCUCGCUCCCCCCCCCAUGUUAUGCCCGCCUGCUGGCAAAACUGAUAUCAACACCGCACCCCAUCAGUGCACACAUGAAAGACUGCUUUCUUUUAUAUUCCUUCUUAAUAAUCAAUUGCUAGAGAUGCAGUGGAAAACAGAUUUAGUUAAAAAGAGAAAUGUGUCCCUCCUGCUGGGAAUCAAAACAUUCCCUUCAAAUGUUCCCUCACACAGAGCUACAGUAAAGUCAGUGGUGCUCGGUGCCGACCCCUCGUUUUGUCUCUUUAGAAUCGUAAAUUUCGUCCAAAGCCCGAAGGCCUCUUCAAACUGUAAACGCUCCUUUCUCACUCUCUAACCACUUCAGUAGAUGACAAUAGUCAGCAGACGAGUAGAGAUGAUUUCCUUUUUAUUAUUUUUUAUUCUUGAGGACACAGAACAGUGUGGUUGCCAAUCUAGCCGGACAGCAUUCAGCACUAAUAGUAUAGCCAAAGUGUUGGCAGCUUGCUGUCAACAGCGAGAACCCACAGAGUCGGAGUCAGAAGGCGGAGAAGCUGCCUCCACAUUUUACCAGUGCCUUCUCAAACCCACAGCCACGUCCAGGCUAGUUCUGUUGGCUAGUGUAACACACACAGGCCUCUGUGAUCUGCUGUCUAUCUUUCUCAUGACGACAUAAGGCUUAGAAAAUAGAGCCGUCUCUUAGAUUUGUAUCGGUCGGCCUUUGGAAGAGGAAUCAAAGUCUUUGGGGCAGUUUUUCCGGUUAUGCGGUUGAACGCUGAAGUUCACCGGUGCAUCGGCGGGGACACUGUGGAGUGGCCUGAGUCUCGGAGCGCUCGGAGGUGCCUGAGGUUGUGAUUAUUAAUUGAUAAGUGAUGAAUUAUUCUGAGAAGUUACAAUCUUGGGCUUUUUUACUUUGUAAAUAAUCUGUGACAUAGUUGCAAAAUUUAAAAAAUAGGUAACUAAAAAAUCUGAUGCCCGUCGGUUGUGUGUACAUGACAGAAAAAUGGUGGCGGUCAGCUCUGUCACACUUCCACACUUCAUACUAAUACCUGCUCUGAUCUUAACAGUGAACUCUCUGGUUUUACAUUUUCCUUUAUAUACACACUACUCGAAACCCAUGUGGAAUUAGUACGUAGUGUGGAAGUGGAAUGUGGCUCUCGACCCCACCUCGACCUAGGUUGCUUAUCUUGUGGUGGUGUUCACACACAUAUGCAAUUUUUAAUUAAGAUGGUGCCCAUAUCUUUGAAAUACCAGAUAUUUAUUUUAUUAUGAUCAUUGUCGAUGUAUAAGAAGAAACACAGUUAGCUUUUUAGUCGAGCAUUUUUAACGUGUUUGCGCGUGGAGCGAUGUAAAGCCCUAGUUUGUUAUUGUACAGGAGGAGCAGCUGGUGGUGAGCAGCAGGAGUACUGGUUAGUUAGUUAGUUAGUUAGUUAGUUAGUAAGUAAUUGUUGUCUUUGUGUUUGGCCAGAGUCUACCUCAGUGCAUAUGGAUGAAUCAGUCUAAAAGGAGCAAAUCAUCCCCGUCAGUCGCUCAAUAUCCCGUCAUUUCAAAUAAUAUCAUGUUUUAUCGUACAUUACAGACACUGCUGAUGAAUUAGUUUCCACUGUGGUGUUUAUAUUUCCUCCGACUCUUUAGUUUUCCCAGUUUCAUCUUCCUCUUGUGUCCGGGGGAAAAUUCUCUGUGGCUGUGGUUAUUGUUGGAAACACUGCCAGUCACAUUUUGUCCCUAUUUUGUUUUAAAUAUUAAGAUUUAUUGUCUUAUUUGAUAUUAUUGGAACAAGCCUUUAAGAUUUUUUUCUCAUAUUUUUAACCUCAGCAUGUUACAUGCGUUAGAUCAGACAUUACAUUGGCUCUAUGGGCAGUGUUGAAGAGGCUUCCCCCGGGCGCUGGAAGAAGCUACGUAUCUCACAUCAAUCCUCUCGUCUCUUGUAGUAGCGGCUCUACUUGUUUCUGGGUAUGUGACAUUAGCAUGAGCAAAGAGAAAAGAAGAAAGUCUUGUGACUCUCAGUGCACCCUGUAUCUGUGAUCACCUCCAUGCAGCCGACACUUAACAGGCUCAGCUCAUGCUUUUUUUAUUUUUUUAAAUCUCAUCUUGUCUAAACCUGUUGUUCGGCAGAAAGCCCUACUCUUCCUACUCCUCUUCUUCUUCUUCAGUCUGUCAAUCUGUCUCUUUGUGGUCACAACAGUUAGCGUUCCGAUCCCACGUCUCCUCCGGUCAUCCUCAAUUCAUUCAUUUGUUGAUCUGCUUUUGUUUUGUAUGUAUAUUUUUUCUACUGUGAAUAUCAAGAGAUGACCUUUAUUUUCUGUCAAUGCCAUGGAUUGGGUCUGUUGUGGCUGAUCAGGACACAGACACCUGGGCUGGUUCAAAGUUUUAAGGAGGAGGAACCACGCGUCCCCUCCUCUCUCUGCAAAGAAGAAAAGAUGGACUGGGACAAUCCUGUGUGCCAUACGAACUAUAAACAGACAUGAAAUCUAGAUUGUAACUUUUCGUCUCAGGGAGGCGGCCUGAUGCUUUGUGGUUGGAGGAUAAAGAGGGUGAGGAGGAGGAGGAAGAGCUACCUACCUACCUUUUAUCUACCCUGACUGAAGGGCAAGUUCUCAGCAUCCUUGCAAAAAAAAAAAAAAGAGUAAAAAUGGAGAUGAUGAGCCCAACGACAAGUUUUCAACAACAAAAACCCAAACGUCCGUUUUUUUCAUGAAUACAAAUUCUCCCCUUUUGUUCAAAGACGAUCAGGAAUCCCCUGCUCUCUCUCUGACGUGACGUGGUUUGGACUGCCCUCUAGCGAUUGGACGGGAGCGUUGCAGGUCAGGGGUGGCAAAGCAAACAGGGCCCCCGACCGAUAGUGCCUUGCUCGGACUAAUAGCCUGCCUGACUCCCCCCCCCUCCCACCCAGUCCACAGCCCUCCUCCCCCGCCUCGUGAGCAGAACUGCCACUGACUGGUGUGUCUCCACCAAUCACUGCAGAGGAUCUUUCCACCUCCAAUACACGAAUUAUGUUUUUAAGCGUCCUGUUUUCUUUAAAGGAAAAAAACAACAUUCUAACUGUAAUUUGGGAUUAUUAUGUGACUGAUGAUUUUUUUUUUUACCAAAAAAAAAAAAAAGAAAUGUUGAACUUGUGUCUCUACUCUGCUAAGCUCUGGCUUGCUCUGUGCAUGGAAAAUGAAUUAUCUAUACCAGCGGAUAGCUUAUUAAUUUGAUGUUUACUGAUUUUCUUUUCUUUUGCUUCUCAUCAGUCUGUUUUCAUAAUGAUGCUCCAAAGCACAUGCAAAAACCCUUGAUUAGCAGCAAGUGACUGCAUUACAACUGGGGGUAGUUUCCCUUUGUGACGCAUUCACUUGUUCCAGGACAUUUAAAGAUGAAAUGAACUGAUUAAUAAGCUCUUAACUGUAAAUAGCAGCAGAUCACCUUGGCUCCUGAAAAAAACGAAAGCACUUGAUCUUAGGGAAGUUUAGGUUUGUUUUGUUGAACUCUGGUGCCCUAAAAAGCAGUUGGACAGAGCAUGCUCGUAAAGCAGCGCAGGGUGAGAACAAAGCAUUGUAUGUAUUGUUUUGUUUUAAAGAAAAGAAAAAAGUAUUACAUUUUAGAGAUGUUGAUUUCUAUUUUUUUUUAGCCAAAGUAGGGAGGGCAAAAAUACAAUUACUUUUCCUGACUGUAAACUUUUACUAUUGUACAUUAUGAAUUUAACAUUGUUAUCAAUGUGUAUAUAACUUUUUUUCUAAAUUUAAAAAGAUAGAUUUUGUUUUUGUUGUCGUUUUCGUUUUGUGUUCAUGACACAACCCACUACACAGAAACGAGCAGAGUCAAGUCUGUGGUCGUUUUUUUACCAGGAGCAGCACAACUCCAGUCUGAGGGCUUAACCCUGUGUAACAAGACACAAACAGUACGUGGCCUGAGAUGUUUUCACAGCGACCCCUGCUCUUAAUCCGAUGCAUGUUCUGAAUGUUGGCCCGUCGAAGAGGUCACACAUUUGAACCGCCCCUGCCCAGCCACAGUGACACGUCACCCGUAAAGCCUUUUUCUUGUGUCAUAAACGCAUCGCCUAUCGCUGAUGUUGUCGUAUGGUAAUUGUUUCUGACAAGAGAUGUGUGUUUAGUUUGCAAAUGUGUUUUUAUUUUUUUUUUAUUGUGAAAAACUGGAAAAGACCACUGCAUGUCCUUUUUGAAGAAAAGGAAGCAUGAGUGAUAAAAUCCUGAAUAAGCUAAAAACAAAAAAAAAAGGAAAAGUGAGCUCAUGGUUCAACGACAACGAAUUAUAAAGUCGACUGUAGAGCUGGAGCUGGUAAACGAGUAGUUUGACAUUGUGGGGAAAAAUACGCUCAUUUGCUUUUGAAUGCAGAGUUCGAUGACAAGAUCCGUAUCAUCUCAUGUCUAAUGUGCUACACAUUAAAGCAACCGCUUGUAGCCACUUAGCUUAGCAUAAAGCCAAGAACAAAAUCUGGAAACGGCUAAAAUCCACCUACCAAAACAUCCAUCCAUCCAUUAUCUUGAUCACUUCUAUGAGGGCCGCAGAGGGGCCGGAGCCAAUCCCAGCUGAUACCGGGCGAGAGGCUCAACAAGAACAGUUGUGUGAAAACAUCAAUUUGUCCUUUUAUGUCAGAUCAUAGUCCAACAUGUGACUCUUUAGAAAUAUUUUCAUUCUUUUUUCAUUCAGAAUAAUCAAACUUAACCAUUUUAAAAUUUGUGAACUUUUAUAUUAUGUUUAUCUGUGGACCGACUUGCUGUUUCUUUAUGCCAGGGGCGGGGCCAGGGGGGCACUGCCCCCAGCGGAAAUCUGAUUGGCCCCUGAAGUGCCCCUUUUUUUAACUAGUCUCUAAAUAACAUUAGAUAAGAUAACGUUAAGAAUCUUGUUCAAGUUCCCAAUUGACCUCAACAAGGAACAAUUAAAAAAAAAAAUUCAAUAAUGUUUGGCUUUGCUCAAAGCUAUCGAUCUAAUAGUAAACAAGGACUUCAAUGUGCACCUUAUUGAUUCAAUAUGAAUUGUGUCUGGAUGUCGGAGGAAUAAUUGGCCCCUCUGUAUAUAAAUUAUGGCCCCAUUAUGGCCCCUGAUGUAGAAAAAUCCUAGAUCCGCCACUGAUUGCUGCUAAGCUAAGCUAGCCAUCUGCUGGCUGCAUCUUCUAUUUAGAGGACGAACGUGAGAGUAGCAUCACUCUCUGCUUGCUGACCGUAAACAACCAUCUUUCCCUGAAAGUCAAACUACUCCGUGGAGGUGGCUGAGUGUAAAUCGGCUGUAAAUGAAUUUAGUACUGUCAGUCAGGAGUGUGCCGAUGAGCUCGUCCUGUUUGUGUUAUUGAUGAGGCCGAGAGACACUGCUGGUCUCAGACAGACGGUGGUGAUAUUGAGGGUGUUGCUGCAGGUUUGGUGACUGAUGGUUAGAAGACAAAUCUGAGGAGACGCAGCCUCUUCUUGACUCUUCGUCACCCGUCAGUCCAGUGGUCUGCUCCAGUUUACACACCAGUACCUUCUACUUGUCUCUAUCCUGUUCCCUGUGCUGUACGUCGUUUAAAUCGGUGGAGUUGUGUCUGUGUUGUCCUCAGUUGAAGUCUUUUUUUUCCACGGCUUUCUUUGUCUCGCUGCUCUUCUUCCUCCUCCUCCUCCUCCUCUGUGUGUCCGUCAAGUCUCUUUCUCUCCUCGGUGCACAUAGGUGGUCCUCCCCCAGAAUGCUGUGUGUAGUCUUGCAGGAUACCUCUUUUAUUAGUGUCAUUUUUAUUGCAGAUGAAAAAGCUGAUGUAUUAAUUUUUUGGGAUAUGUUGUGUAUACAUUAUGUUGAGACAUCGGUGCGUAUGCAGACAGGUGUAUAUGUGUGUAUGUACAGUCCAAACUCCCCCUGAACCCGCAACAACCCACAGAGAUCGCUUCAUCCCUCACACUGGAUCCAAAUGUGCCAUUAUCUUUAUGUAUCACAUAUAUCAACAUAUUCAACACACACACACACACACACACAUACACACACAGAUACACAGAAAUACAUGCAUAUUGUACAGGAUCAAAAAUGUGCCAUGACUAAAUGAACGCUUGACAAUUUAUUUUUUCUAUGUUUUCAAAGGAGAGUCAAGUAGUGACAUGUACAGAAAAUGUUGCAAUGAUAUGAAAAUAAAAAUCUUGCUGUGUGUAAAUUAUUCAACAAUUAACUGUUUAUAUUAAAAUUAUGAAUAAAAUUAUUGGAGAAAA